GUGUGAAAUUUGACUUUAUAAGUCUUUAACUUAAGCCACAAGAAAACUCCUUAUUUCUUCUGUCGUACAUCUUCCAAACACGUUUUCCAAUCACUAAUUUUCAUAGACAAGACUUGGAAGACUUACUUUUCUGGCUUUGGUCUGAUGGGAACAUAUGUUGGCCAAAUUGAAAGUUCUUCUCUUUUCCUUCCCCUCUAGUUUGUGUUAGGUUUAAAUAGUUAAUGCAGCCCCAUUUUCUCCAUUCAAUUCACUCCUUGCUAUUUGUUUCUUGCUUUUGCACCCUAAAUUUGACCUCCAUGGAAAUGGCUCCAAACACAAGACUUGUGCUCCAUGCUUUCUCAUGGUCAUUGCUAGCUGCUAUAAGUAUCUGCUCUCAAAAAGAUAUCGCCUGCUUGAAAUCAAUAAGAGCUUCCCUGGAUGACCCUCAUGACUACUUCAAAUCUUCAUGGAACUUCAACAACACAACAAAAGUUUCCGUUUGUAACUUUGUGGGGAUCGAGUGCUGGCACGCUGACGACAAUGAAGUGCUAAACAUUCGUCUAACCAACAUGGGGUUGAAGGGUCAGUUUCCACUAGGCAUUGUGAAGUGCAAGAGAUUAAUGAGAUUAGACCUUUCAAAUAACCAGCUUUCAGGACCCAUUCCAUCAAAUAUUUCAAAACUCUUCCGUUUUGGAACUGCAAUUGAUAUCUCCUCCAAUAGAUUCUCUGGUAACAUACCAAAAAGAAUAGCAAAUUGCACUUUUCUAAAUUCACUGAAUCUCUCAAACAAUCAACUAACCGGCUUUAUUCCGCCGGAGCUUAUUUUGCUACACCGGAUGAAGAAUUUCAGUGUUGCUAACAAUCAAUUAUAUGGUCCGGUGCCACUAUUCAAUCUCAGUUUAAGUAAGGAUUCCUUUGUGGGUAAUCCAGGACUAUGUGGUAACCCUUUAGAGCCUUGCAUUGAUCAUAAAAACAGUCCCUUCAAGAAUGGUUUUAUAAUAGGCUACAGUGUUUCUGUAGUUUCUGUUAUAACCAUUUUUAUGUUCUACUUUGUCCCCUGCAUGCAUAGGAAUGAGAGGAACAAACUGCUCCGCCACUUCAUAUUGAACCUGAUAUGGAAUAGGACUAGAAAGGUUAACAUGACACAAAAUUCCCAUCAAACAAGCCAAAUGGUACUUCCAGAUAUCCUACAUGAAACCAGCAGAGAGACUUCUAUGUUGGUGGAACUGGUUUCAAGAAUGAGUUACAGUGAUCUCUAUGAAGUAACAAACGAGUUCAGUGGAGAAAACAUCAUAGGACAUGGACAAAUGGGGACAACAUACAAGGCAACAUCAUCCAGCGGUUGUCUUCUAGCAAUCAAGAGGCUAUUCGACACCCAAAAAUUCGAUGAACAUUUCAUAACAGAACUGAAAACUCUAGGAAGAUUAAGACACGACAACCUAGUCCCACUCUUAGGAUUUUGUAUAGAAUCUAAAGAAAAGCUUCUGGUUUACAAAUACAUGUCCAACGGCAACCUUUAUGAUUUGUUACAUCCUUUAGAAAAAAGAAGAACCAUUGGUUGGCCAUUGAGACUAAAAAUUGCAUAUGGUGUAGCAAAGGGUCUGGUUUGGCUUCAUCAAAACUGCAAUUACAAGGUGAUUCAUCUCGACAUAUGUUCGAGAUGUAUCUUACUUGACCAGAAUUUUGAACCCAAGAUAUCGAAUUUCAGUGAAGCGAUGCUAAUGAAAUCGAAUAAUCGAUAUUGGAGCAGUAGUUUCGACAUGGAUAGUGAGUUUUGGGAGUCGAGUUUCGUCAAGGAAGAUGUUUAUAGGUUUGGGAUACUGGUUCUUGAAUUGAUUAGUAGAAAAGAACCGAGUGAACUCACUGAUUUAGCAAGAUCUGGAGAUGAAAGUAUUGGUAAAUGGGUGGUUGAUGAUGUCAAGAGUUCUGGUUUUGUUGAUGGAGGUUUGGUUGGGCAUGGAUUUGAUGUUGAAAUCUUUGAGAUUCUGAGAGUUGCAUGGAACUGUGUUCAGCCUAAUCCUGAUGAAAGGCCAGCAAUGCUUCAAGUCCACAAAAUAAUGAAUGGUUUUAGCAAGAAAUAUGCCUAUCCCCUCUAGUUUCUUUCGUUCUUAAUCAGUUGAGAGCUUUAAUCACCGCUUCAACAUAGUCUUUACAUUUAAAGUUGGAUAGCUAUUUUAGGACAUAAUACGUUUUUUUUAAUCAAUGGCACGGAUAACAACCAAGGAGUUGGUAGGUGCCUCAAUCCCUCUUAAAAUAAUAAAUUUAUGUUUUAACCUUUUAAAA